UAACAAUGUUAUUAAAGUGAAAAGGCUAAAUUAUUAUUAAAUCGAGUUCGCGAUGAUUGUUUUAAAGCCAGCAAUAAUGUCAACUUUAUGCCGCGGAUUUACCACAAGUGCAAAUGUCUUUUCACCGCAACCCGAUUCGCGGCAAGCAGAACUCAUGGCACGGAGUCUGCCGAAGCGGCUGCCACUGGACGGCGUUCGCGACAUCGUGGUGGUCUCGUCCGGCAAGGGAGGUGUAGGCAAAACUACAACGGCAGUCAAUCUGGCGGUAGCCCUAGCCGGCAUGAACAAGUCCGUUGGUAUCCUGGAUGGGGACAUAUUUGGACCGUCAGUUCCACUGAUGAUGAAUCUAACGGAACAGCCUCUGCUAGACGACAACAACCGGAUGAUUCCGCUGGUGAAUUAUGGGGUAAAGUGUUUAUCCAUGGGAUUGUUGGUCAGCACUGGUCCAGUGGUUUGGCGGGGUCCUCUGGUGAUGUCUGCCAUUCAGAGGCUACUGAAGGGUGCCGUUUGGGGACCGUUGGACAUUUUGGUGGUGGACACACCUCCCGGAACGGGAGACGUACACUUGUCGCUGAGUCAAAAUGUUCCGAUAUCGGGUGUGCUGUUGGUGAGUAGCCCUCAGCUGGCGGCGCUACAAGUUACCAAAAAAGGUGCUGAGAUGUACGAAACCUUAAAAGUACCUUUGAUCGGAUUGGUAGAGAACAUGAGUCACGUGGUUUGCGAUAAAUGCGAGAAUCGCAUCGACCUGGCUAAGAAUUGCACCGCCCAGUUCGCCGAUGAACUUGGAAUAAAAGUGCUUGAGAGUGUUCCGAUGGAGAAAGAAAUAAUGCAGAAUGGGGACUUGGGAACACCACAUUUUUUGAAAUGUCCAGAGUCGAAGUUUGCUGAUGCAUAUCGGAACUUAGCGAAGAAAGUGACACAGUUCUUAGACAAUAAACGUGCAACGGUUUAGUGUAGAAACAUUGGUUACUUCUUCUUUUUCUUUAACUUUUUCAUUUUCAUUGCCGCCUUGUGGUAGGCCUUCUUUUUUCGUUUUUCCAAAGCUUCGGCAUACUUUUUCUUGUUAAACUUUUGGAACUGAGCAUCCUCCAGCAGUUCGUCUACGAGCGAUUUGGCCUUGCUCUUCUUCGUACCCCGUUCGUUAUAGUAAUCCAGCGGGGAUUCUAUGACUUUUCCUAUCUGUAAGAGGGAAACGGGACAUAAAUUAAUGCAUAUUUGUGGUGCUGAACGCUUUUGGCUAGUAUACCUGAAAAUAUUUGGGUAAGGUUUUCAUUUCACUGCGUUUAUAGAAAUGUUUUGGGUCCAAAACCGAACGCAUACGAAUGACCUCCAGUUCGUUCUUUAUUUCUUCGGUCAUUUCCUGGGCAGGUAAAUUGAAC